ACAAAGAAUUUUUUUUUUUUUUAAGAAAAGAAAAUGGAACGUAAUGGCAGAGAUGACAUCGAGGUAGAGAAUGGUUAUGAUUUGGAGGAUGAUCAUGGUCACAGAAAGAAGGACAAGAAAGAGGAACAAGAAGAAGAGUUGUCAGUGGAAAGAAUAUUUGAGAACCAAGAAGUGCCAUCAUGGAGGAAUCAGCUGACACUGAGGGCCUUUGUGGUGAGCUUCGUGUUGAGCAUUUUGUUCACCGUCAUAGUAAUGAAGCUCAAUCUUACAACUGGUAUCCUACCUUCCCUCAAUAUCUCUGCUGGCCUUCUGGGGUUCUUUUUUAUCAAGACUUGGACAAAGUUUCUUGAAAAGUCUGGCCUUUUGAAGCAACCCUUUACCAGGCAAGAGAACACUGUUAUACAGACUUGUGUGGUUGCCUCCUCUGGCAUUGCCAAUAGUGGAGGCUUUGGGAAUUAUCUGUUUGGAAUGAGUGAAACCGUGGCCAAACAAUCAACAGAAUAUAGAGAUGCUUUUAAAAAUCCAUCUCUGUCAUGGAUGAUUGGCUUUCUGUUUGUUGUUAGCUUUCUUGGACUCUUUUCAGUGGUGCCUCUUCGAAAGGUCAUGAUUGUAGACUUCAAAUUGACAUAUCCAAGUGGCACUGCAACUGGUCAUCUCAUCAACAGCUUCCACACUCCUACAGGGGCCAAGCUAGCAAAGAAACAAGUGAGGGUGUUGGGAAAGUUCUUCUCAUUCAGCUUCUUGUGGGGUUUCUUUCAAUGGUUCUACACUGCCGGAGAUGGUUGUGGAUUUGCUGAGUUCCCCUCACUCGGUCUUAAAGCAUAUGAAAACAAAUUUUUCUUUGAUUUCUCAGCAACAUAUGUUGGAGUUGGAAUGAUUUGCCCAUAUAUCAUAAACAUAUCAGUAUUGCUUGGAGGAAUUCUUUCCUGGGGUCUGAUGUGGCCUCUCAUAGAUACAAAAAAGGGUGACUGGUAUCCAGCAGACCUCAAACCAGGCAGCUUACAUGGCCUCCAAGGUUACAAGGUAUUUAUUGCCACUGCCUUGAUCUUGGGUGACGGUCUGGACAACUUCUUCAAGGUGCUAAGCCGAACACUCGUUGCCUUGUUUUCUCAACUUCGUGGGAGAAAUGCAAUUGGUGCUCUCCUUAUUGCUGACCGUUCCUCUCUCGGGAUCUCCAGCAUCUCCUAUGAUGAGCAACGCCGCAACCAAUUCUUUCUCAAAGAUCAAAUUCCAACAUGGUUUGCUGUUGCAGGCUAUGUCGCAAUUGCUGCCAUCUCGACAGCCACCGUUCCGCGUAUAUUUCCCGAACUAAAAUGGUAUUACAUAUUGGUUAUCCACAUCAUUGCCCCAGCCCUUGCAUUCUGUAAUGCUUAUGGCUGUGGCCUCACUGAUUGGUCCCUUGUUAAGUCAAAACCUGAGGAAAAUCGAGGUAAAGAACAGGGUUUUUAGAGGACAAGUCUUUGAGCUCGCCAAUCUUGCCACCACCAUUGACAGGAGCGAGAAGACCAGGAAAUGAAGGCAAGUACCUGUUUUUUCUUUGAGAUUUCCUAAUAAUAUCCUUACCAUGUUGUUUAACAAAAACUUUUGAUGGGUUCAAUGAAUAUGGAACCCUGACUUGUGCGUGUCUGAUACUAUGUUGUUGGUUAUUGCAAGCUUUUUCAGUCUUUUUCUCUCUAACACAUCUGGGUUUUCUCUGUUAGAAUUGCUGGCUUCUGUUUUCUAGGAUUUCACCAUUUUUAAAAAAAAUGCUUUGAUGAUGAUGUUAUCUGGAUUUCUCACAAAAGGGUUUUUUUUUUUUCUUGAUUUUUGGAGGCGGGAAGCUGCAAUUUUUUGCUCCUUUUUCCUCCGUAAACGCAACAGCAAGCUGGAGAUUGAGUGAUUUCGUUCUAGGGUAAGGUAGGAUUGGCCAUUAAACUCUGGCUUGAAAUUGGCCCAGAGCUUGAGGUUUGCUAAAACAAGGGCUUCUCUUUAGAUAUGGACUCAUGGAUAAAUAUUUUCGAUUCAAUACUUUUAAAAAGGGAUGGAUUCUAUCAUCUUUA